UGAUAAAAAUUUUUUGGCAACAUUAUUUUGUUGUUUAUGAUGUAAUGUUAUUUGUGGUUUGUGAUUGUACUCAUUGAUUAAACUGCACGGUUAAAAUAUGACUUAGGCUAGCUUUUAUUUAGAACAUAUCGUUCUUUGUACAGCUUCAGAUGUUGAACUAGGUUGGACGUAGUCGUCUCCAUCUGUUAACUACAUGUUUGCAUACAGCAGUUUGUUUGAGUUUUGUUUGAUCGAAGCUGUAAAAUUGUAAUAUACAGCAUGUGCACAGAUAUCUCUACGGUAAAACGGGGGAUCGUCCCUUUGUAACCUGGCAACCGCUCACUUAAGAGAAACUAGGCGGGUCUAUUCCUGCAAAGAAGCAGAAGGAUCAUUGAGGGGAUUUAACAAAGUAGUAAUUGCCGAUUCUACGGCGUUAUUUGAGGUAACGAACUCAGAAUGAGCCGUAAAGUGUUGUGUGUACUUUGUCGGCGGUCCGAGGAGACGAUGGUCACCGGGGCUCUGUCAACCAAAGAUGAGAUCACUGCUCAUCAAAACUGUCUGUUAUAUUCCUCUGGACUUUGCUGUGAGAACUCACCUCAGUUCGAUGAUCUGUUUGGUUUCUCUGUUGAGGAUGUGACAGAGGAGGUCAAGCGAGGAAGUAGACUGAAGUGUUCCAGGUGUAAGAAAAAAGGCGCCACUGCUGGCUGCGAAGUGAGAUGCUGUGGUAAGUCCUUCCACUACCCCUGUGCUAUUGAGGAGGGGGCCACGACGGUCGAUGACUCAGAGAAAGGCAGUUAUGUGUUGUACUGUCAAAACCACUACCAAAAACUACCAGGAAGAGAAAACGGCAGCUUUGCUAAUGUAGCCUCCUCCAAGGCCUCGUCAUCUGGACCGGCUCCGGACAAAGCUAGACCAUCAAAAAAUGGAGAAGAAGAAGGUGACGUUAGCCAUGAUGGAUUGUCAACUACCAUCUCUAUUUUGUGUUGUGACAAAUACGCUCCCUUAUCACGUGAGAGGAACAGCCAUGCGACAGGAGCGUCUGUUUUCAGUGGUGACUCCAGCUCCUCCAGCAGUACGACACACACAGCCACCAAGAGACGUUUCAGCCUCAUUGACAGACUAGAUGGGAGGGAGGAGGAGGAGGAGGAGCUGGAGAUCCCUCCAAACCGCCAAUCAAAAAAAACAAUUAUUUCUGACGAUUCUUCAGGUUUUGAUCAAGAAGAAAACAACUCCAAUCUGGCAAUCUUUGGUCCUUUGGAGUCGGACAUUGACGAAAAUACAGACUCUGUUCCUGAGCAACAGGCUGUGGACUGCAAAAAUAUGUUUGAAUCGGAAGGGACUGUUGAGCGACAGCGUCUGUUGUCAAAUGUCCACUCCAGCCCACGUUCUCCAUCCCCUGUGUUCGGUUCUACGUCAACCUGUACUCAAACUGCAUGGAGAAGAGUUCCUGAGACACCAGUGAAGGUGGAGAUGAUGGUCUUGACAGAAGAAUCAGCUUUGUCUCCAAGUCCAGUUCCUGUUGGUCCUCCUGAUCAACCCACUACUGGACCAUCUGACUCAGCUCCUGUUCCUGACCACUCCACAGAUCCCAGUGUUACUGAUCCACCUCAGUGCACCACCUCCUGUGUCGCCAUCUGCUCAGCUUCAUCACAAACGGCGGCUCCCACUAACUCGGAACCCCUCGACUCCUCAAGGUUCUGGAAAAGCUGCAAUGCAGCAGGAGUCACGGAGGCAAUUUUUAAGGAUUUCAUAAAUACGGUGAAUGACAUCUCCAGGAGAAUCCAGUCUGAUGUGGCCAGUCAGGAGGAUUAUGAUGUUGCACUGUCAGUGAUUCAGACGUCAGGGAAAUUGACAGAGUUUGUGACAAAGCAGCAGGAAGAGUUAAAACGAAAAGAAAGGGAGGUUCUCAAUGCAGCAGCAGCCAUGACCGAUGUCGUCGCAUCUCUGACCGCAGCUACGAACGGAACAUGAAGGUCAGAAACGGACAGUAAUCUUCAACCUCAGUCUAAUUUUUGUAAUUUCUCUGACUUUCUCUGUUCUGACAGUAGAUGUUGUACUUUAUCCUAGCAAGUACACACGCUAUACAAAGGAGAUGCUUUUAUUUUUAAUGCUAGUUUACCAAGGCAUGUUUUUAUCUCCUCUUGUAAAGAUAUGUUUACACUGGUAGAGCUAAACGUAAAUAACCUCUUCAAAAUACAUUUACAGCUAUGUUAUUGCUCGUUUUGAAUCGUCUUAUCAAACUUUGACAUUUAUUUGGAUAUUUGGAUAUUUUGGAAAAAUCAAAAUUACAAAGUUUCAAUAAUUAAUUUUGAUGCAGCUAGGUACAAUAGAGUUGGUGAACAUAGUUAAAAAAGAAAAAUCUGGCAGCUGCUUUUCAAUGCAUUUAUUUAUUUAUUUGCAGAAGUUACAAAAUGUAACAGGAACAUCUUUAUACAUAGUACUGAUUUUCAAAAUGUGUAAAAAGUAGCAAAAAUACAAUUGGAAAUUUCCACAGCAGUAGUGCAAAUGCAACU